CAGAACGCGUUGUUUACAUCGGAACAGAAAAUAACUAACUCGAAGUUCUAGAUUUCAGCUAGUUUACCGACGACGUUUUAUACAAAAUGUCUCACUAACGUUUUUGUGACUUUCUUGCUGAUAUGAACAGGAUUUUUUCUGGUAUAAGUUCACAUUCGAGUUGUGGUGAUGUGUUAAGACAGCAGCCUCUUUGCCCACAACCAACAGCCCUGGGUGGCACAGAAGAACGUGACGUUAUGGCAUCUGAAGAAAGUAACGAAAACCGCAGCACCAGCAAAACCUUUGAGAUUUUUAACACGAAAAACUACAGGUCUGAUUAUCCUGAUGACAGCCGUGCACACUGUUCUAAGGAUUUAUUUGCUAAUCAUAAACAAUGCCAAGACAGGAAGGAUAAGAAAAUUGACAAAUAUUUCAAAUAUUUGGCUAAGAUAGCUAAUGUGGAGCCUGUAAACACAGAACAGAUAUCCCUCUGUAGAGAAAGCUCACGUAAAUGGGAAUCCAAGUCUGCUCGUCGUGGUGACGUGGACAAGGACAUCCAAAAAAUUGUGGCGAUGAUUCUCCAGCAAAUGUACAGCCCUACAGGUUCCUAUGGAAAUCGGAUGGUCAGUCAAACAGAUGAGUCAAGUAAGUCAAGUACUGAAGCUUUGCCCAGCGAUCCUACAACAUGCAGAGAAGGCCGUGAAGUCGAGGAAGAAGCUGCCUUUGUUCAGCAGCCUGUAAAAAAACUCAGUCUUAAAAAGAAAAAGAAAUCUCCACGUGAAGAUGACAAUGAUGACGACAACCACGAAACCUGGGCAAUGAAUCGCCAACAAAUGUACAGCCCUAGCGGUCCCUAUCGAAAUCGGAUGGUCAGUCAAAUAGAUAGUGAGUCAAGUUGUACUGAAGCUUUGCCCAGCGAUCGUACAACAUGCAGAGACGGCCGUGAAGUUGAGGAAGAACCUGCCUUUGGUCAGCAGCCUGCAAAACAACUCAGUCUUAAAAAGAAAAAGAAAUCUCCGCGUGUAAAUGACAAUGACGAUGACAACCACGAAACCUUGGCAAUGAUUCGCCAACAAAUGUACAGCCCUAGCGGUCCCUAUGGAAAUCGGAUGCUCAAUCAGCCGGAACCUUCAGAUUUGGCCUCUUUCUCCUUCGAUCAACAAGACAACACUUGUAGUAACAGCGAUUUACCUAGUGUCCGCAACAAAGCCUCAGGUGUGAACCAGACCAGCACGUCAACAACGAAUCAGGAAGCUGGAAAACAACAAAAGUCUAGAUUCACAACCAUCUCACAAAAACUUCAAAACAAGUACAACAAUCAGUCCAUUAAAAUGAUUCACCAGCAACUUUAUAGCCCUGGGAGGCCUUAUGGCAAUAUGCUGGCAAGUCUGAGAGGGAAAACUUCUUUCCCAGGUCUUAAAAUAUGUCGGGACGGCCGUAAGAAGGAGAAAGGACCUACCUACAGUCAGCCGCCUACAAAGAAACUCAAGCUUGACUUUUUCAAACAUCGUAAAAUCCCCAAGCACAUUGGAAGAACGGCUCAGCUGAUGCCUGAGCAUAAGUUUUUUUAUGGAACUAUGCAAGCAAAACGUGUCCGUUACCAGAACUACCCUGAAGAAGUAGAAGACUCCAAUCAGCAGCCUGCAAAGAAAGUCACGUGUGAGCCUUUACAAUACGGACCUUUCAUGAUACCGAAACAUAUGGGUGAUAAUUGUUAUAUGAAUUAUUUGGCGUCUGCCCGGCAUGACAAUGACAACCAGUUCCUUCCACAGAGUUGUGGUGAUGUGUUAAGACAGCAGCCUCUUUGCCCACAACCAACAGCCCUGGGUGGCACAGAAGAACGUGACGUUAUGGCAUUUGAAGAAAGUAAUGAAAACCCCAGCACCAGCAAAAGCUUUGAGUUUUUUUACCUAAAAAACUACAGCUCUGAUUAUCCUGAUGACAGCCGUGCACACUGUUCUAAGGAUUUAUUUGCUAAUCAAAAACAAUGCCAAGACAGGAAGGAUAAGAGAGAAACCACCUCCAGUCAAAACCCUGCAAACAUGAACAAAUAUUUUAAAUAUUUGGCUAAGAUAGAUAAUCUGGAGCCUAUAAACACAGAACAGACGCAAUCGAAGUCUGCUCGUCGAGGUGACAAUGACGAUGAGGAAGAACCUGCCCUUGGUCAGCAGCCUGCAAAACAACGCAGUCUUAAAAAGAAAAAGAAAUCUCCGCGUGUAAAUGACAAUGACGAUGACAACCACGAAACCUUGGCAAUGAUUCGCCAACAAAUGUACAGCAAUCGGAUGCUCAAUCAGCUUGAACCUUCAGAUUUGGCCUCUUCCUCCUUCGAUCAACAAGCCAACACUUGUAGUAACAGCGAUUUACCUAGUGUCCGCAACAAAGCUUCACGUGUGAACCAGACCAGCACGUCAACAACGAAUUAGGGAAAUGUAUUAAAAGCACACAACGGAAGAGACUUUUGAACAAAAAAAAGAAAAGCAAGAAGAAACAAUCUUUUCAUAAUGACCACAAAUAUUCUGCCAUUUUCAAAAAUUUAGCCAUGUAAAUUAAUUAGUGUGAGCUGCUGGUAAGUGCACAUUGCUAGGAAAAAUGCACCACCACAAGCAACAACCACAGGAGGCUCUAACGCGACAGUCUAAAUGUACAUGGCUAAAGAAGUGCAGUUAUCAUAUAACCAGAAUUACUAUUUGUAGUUAUUAUUAUUAUUAUUAUUUGCAACUUUUACCAUUUCAUUACAUGUACUCUAAUCUAAUCUAAUCUCAUCUAAUAUAAUGUACAGUACACUAAUCUAAUCUAAUGCAACAUGUCUCUUUGUACUAAUAUUUUGAGUCAAGGUUCAGACAGCACCAGAAAGAAGAUACAACCCUGAAUGUACCUCGAUUAGCUCUUCAGUAGCUGGAUUAGCUCCCUGCCCAAGAAUCGAACCCUGGCUGCAGACCACAAGGCUUUCUAUCUCAUAUAAUAAAUAAUAUUUCAAUAAAAAAA